CAAAGAGUAGAGAUCAGAUUUCAGCAUCCUGAGAUAUUAUUGAUCAGCAUACUGUGGUUGAUCCCACUGUUCUGUGUGUCCGUGAAGCACGUUGUCAGUACUAUCAUUGCUCACUGGUGACUUACUGCCUUAUUGAGGUCCUGAGGUAGACGGGCCCACUGUGAGUUGAAGAAUAUGCAGUAGUCCUUCCCUUUGCUCUUGCCCUCGUCACUGAUGUGGGCCAUGCCGUACUCUCCCACGACCUGUCAACACCACGACAAUGUAUCACUUCACAUGUUCGAGAAAUGUUUGCAACUUUGAUUUUUUUAUUUUUUUUUUAUCAUACACCUGAACAUGAACUGUUGUUGGUGUCCUGCAACAGGGUCAAAGUUUACAAACACUCUGCAAACACAUGUGCAAUAGAGGAACCUUUAGUAAACAACGCAGCAAGUUAAAGCUUAUGCUCCACCUAAUGACACUUUUCAAUUAACAGGGUGUUUUUGUCUGCAUUUCUUUUAAUUGUGAAUAUUAGCCAUAAUACCACCGUUUAUUUAAGAGAAGAGGGGAUGUUAUAUUAUUAUAUAACAUAACUAUAAUUGAUAUAACAGUGAAAGCAGCUGGCGCACAUUUGAUGCCACGAGGCUGAUUGUUUGUUGCUGCAAUUUGAUUGGCUGUUUGUAGUAACCAUGAAGGAUGUGGAUUACCUCCCAUAGCCUGUGAACUACAGCUUCAGGUGUGCUGGUGGACACUCCGGUGUCCACCAGCUGCGGGAUAUUGUUAAAAAUUUAACCAUUGCUAAAAAUAAUCAGAUUUAUCGUGGAGUGGUUCUCCAGAGGAAAAAAUGGCGCUAUCGUGUCGGAGCAGACGGAUUUUUGUUCGGAGGGGAUGGCACCAGGUCAAGAAGAGACUUUCAGGGUCUCGCACAUCUUUCUGAGAGGAUAACAACACAUGAAAACAGCAGAACAAUGAGAUUAAACUGGACAAACGAAGCUACCCGAGCUGACUGCGCAUUCUAACGGGGAAUUGAGCCCCUUGAGGAGAACAGAUUCAGACAAUGUUCGAGUUUGGGGCGGUUCAUGAGUGGACUUGGUAGUGGAACGAUCGGUGGUCGUAUCAUCAAAUCUACGGCCGUAUGCGUUUGACACUCCGGUGAAGAGAGGAGCAGAGCUGUCAACGGAUCACCCGCUGGUGUGAAUCCCAAGGCUUCAUCAUUCCAGUCAGCACACCAUGGCUGGCUUCAGACAGGAGGAUGUGGAGUUGUAUUAUGAAAUGGAAGAGGAGCUGGGCAGCGGACAAUUUGCCAUCGUUCGUAAGUGUAAAGAGAAGACCACGAGUAUCGAGUACGCGGCCAAGUUCAUCAAGAAGCGCCGACUGUCGUCCAGCCGUCGGGGGGUGAGCCGCGAGGAGAUCGAGCGCGAAGUCAACAUCCUUCGGGAGAUCCAGCACAGCAACAUCAUCACCCUGCACGACAUCUUUGAAAACAAGGCCGACGUGAUCCUGAUCCUGGAGCUGGUGUCUGGAGGGGAGCUGUUCGACUUCCUGGCUGAGAAGGAAUCUCUGACGGAGGAGGAGGCCACCCAGUUCCUAAAGCAGAUCCUGGAUGGCGUUCAGUAUCUGCACUCCAAACGCAUCGCUCACUUUGACCUUAAGCCUGAGAAUAUCAUGCUGCUGGACAAGAACGUCCCGAACCCCAGGAUCAAGCUGAUUGAUUUUGGGAUCGCGCAUCAGAUUAAAGCAGGAAACGAGUUCAAGAACAUUUUUGGAACUCCGGAGUUUGUCGCUCCAGAAAUAGUUAACUAUGAGCCCCUCGGACUGGAGGCGGACAUGUGGAGCAUCGGAGUAAUCACGUACAUCCUACUGAGUGGUGCUUCACCAUUUCUGGGCGAGACCAAGCAGGAGACCCUGACGAACAUCUCGGGCGUCAACUACGACUUUGAUGAAGAGUAUUUCAGUAACACCAGUGAGCUGGCAAAGGACUUCAUACGACGUCUGCUGGUCAAGGAUCCUAAGAAGAGAAUGACGAUUGAUGACAGUCUUGAGCACCCCUGGAUUAAGGUUAUUAAGAGGCGAAAUGUCCGCCAGGAGGAGAGAGACCACAAGACGGAGCGCCGACGCCUGAAAACCACUCGUCUGAAGGAGUACACCAUCAAGUCCCACUCCAGCAUGCCUCCGAACAACACUUACGUCAACUUCGAGCGCUUCUCCCAGGUGCUGGAGGAGAUCGCGGCAGCAGAGGAAGGCCUGAGGGACCUGGAGCGUAACCAGCGCUCGUGCCGGGAUGAUGUGGCGGCACUGUUGUCCAUCUACGAGGAGAAGGAGGGCUGGUACAAGGAGGAGAACCAGAGCAUCUCCAGCGACCUGAGCCACAUCCGCCAAGAGCUGCAGCGCACUCAGGCCCAGCGCAAGAAGAGCCAGGAGGAGGCCCGGCUCACCAUGCAGGCCGCCAACAUCCUCAAGCGCAAGUACGGGCGCCUGGAGAACCGCUACGAGGUCCUGGCGGAGCAGGUGGCCUCUGAAGUCCGCUGGGUGGAGGAGCUGGUCAAGUCCAUAUUGGUGGAGAAGGACGGCCUCGGCAGCAUGUCCUGAACAAUGAUGCUUUGAUUCUCGAGUAUCCUCCGUGUCGUCUGCACGCGUCAGUGCGGUGUGAGUGGGUCAGUUGUCGUCAUAAACUCUGCUGCCUGUCGGGAGAAAUGUUCCAACUCUUUUUUUUUUUUUUUUUUUUUUAAUGUCACGCUUCAGAGAACCAGCAAGAAGCCGAGAGGCAAUAUGUUGAACCCAUUCCCCCGUGAAAAGUUUCAUUCCUCUGUUUUAUAAGUUAAUUUAUCAUUUUUUUUAGAUUUUAUGUACGGUUACGUGACAAAUAAUUCAAAGUUUGCAACUAUAUUGGCUUUUUUGUUUUGCCAAUUUUCUCAGCCUGGUUAUCUUUUAUUUUAGAAAUGUAAUUGCGACUGAAUGUCCCGGUGCUGUAGAAGCCGGAGAUGUUUGCUCUUAUAUUCAGCUUGUAGUUUCAGGUUUGUUUAUUUAUCCGUUUACGUUUCCGAUUCGAUUGCAGCUCAUAUUUAAUUGGGACAAACGCCAAAGGAUGCAAUAAACGUAAACACUCAGCAUAGAAAACAAAGAGAUUUAGGUUCAUGCGUUAUUUUACAGAUCUGUCAUUGCCUAAUGAGUUCUUAAUUAUUCCUUGUGAAAGUUUCCUGGAAAGAACCACAUAGUUUGUCUCUAAAUCCCAGAAAAUAGAGACUGAAAGAACUGACUGAGCUGAUACUGUUAUAUUAGUUUAAUUAGUUUAUUAAUGUCUUCCAGAGGACUCUCCAUGAAUGACGUUUCUCUAUUUAUACCCAAGUAAAUAUGUAUUCAUCACAUGCGCUUAAUGAACACAUUUCACAUCUUAAUUGUCCAACUGAUCAGCUCUCUAUAAUCGGCACCAAAUGUCCUGAUUCUUUCCUGGAAACAUCCUCGGGAAUUAUUUGGAAAUUCAAUUAAUUUACAGACCUAUAAAAACAAAGCGCCACCACAUUUGGAAUGUAUGAACUCCUCUUUUGCAGUGCCUGUUAACUGAUCGACCGUAUUGCCUCCGCGAGCACUCAUCCGUCAUCGAGUCAAUGACAUUUCUAUCACAUUGAUAUUGCUCUUAUGUCUUAAACGCAAACAACUUUUGCACAGUAGCCUCGUAAACCAAAUGGUGUGCAUGGAACCGUUCCUCUACAUCCCGCUACUCUCGUCUCUGUUUUCAUUCUGACCGUCUCUUGCGGACUCCAAACAUUCCACCGAUGCGUCCCACAUCCGUGCACCACAUUCCGCAUGUGUAGAGUAGAAGUGUACGAUGUAGUCCGUAGUAUUCUUCAGGACAGACAUUACACUGAGAGGAUUGUAGAAUUGUUCCACAAUCCAUUUUAAUCCGUCUUUAAAGUGAAAUGCCCGGGCUUGUUUUAAAUAAACAGUUAUCGCUGUAACCCGA